UCCUCCUCCCCCCUCCUCCCCUUCCCCAUCUCCCCGGCCAGGGUUUCGACUUCGGGAAAUACCUCUGGAGAACGAGCGAGCGAGCUGUCGCGCAGCUUGGCGCAGGUAGCGUCCCAAGCCGUCAAGACCAUUCUGUGCAGAUGAUGGCGCGGUCAAUCAGUACUCGGUCAAUCAAUCGAGUGGACGUCAGUGCGCCCAGUCCUCGACGGACACUUUUAGUACCCAACUCUACUACUUGCUAGUAGCUAGCCGGCUCGCCCUCUCUUUCCCUUUCCCUUCCCCUUCCCCUUCCCCUUCCCCUUCCCCUUCCCCUUCUUCCCGCCGCCGCUCCACAGAAACCAAUUCCCUGUGCCUUUCCCGCCGCGGACGAGGAAAAAGCAAUGGCCACCUCGCACUAACGAUUUCCUGAUGCCACCGCCAAUCUGCAGGGUUGGGCUAAGCUCCCUAACUAUUAUUCACUCGACCUCCAGGUACUUGUGCACUUGUGUUUUUUUUCUUCCUCUUUCCUUUUUCCUUCUUUUCGGUUCUCCGCAGGGUUUUUGUGAUCCUGUGUUUCCUUUUCCCUCAUGGUUUUAUUUCUUUUUUUUUAGGGGGGGAGGGGAGGGAUACCUUACAGCUGUUAUUCCUCGCGCGCCGCACCGCCGCAGCGCCUCAUUCCUUUUUUUUCUUUCUUUCUUUCCUGCCAGCCUGCCUGUCAGGACUUUGUCUGUGUCUGUGUCUGUCUCCUUAGAGGAGUUAGGGUGUCGUCUCUUCCUGGCAGCGACUCUCCCUUCUCCAUUCUCUCUCUUGUCCUCUCGGCUCUCUGUCUCUCUCUACCCCCCAGUCAGUUCAAGCCCUGCCUUAGUCGUCAAACAGAAAUAGAGAAAAGAAAGAAAGAAAGAGAAAAAAAAGGUCGUUAUAUUGUGCUCACAUGUCGUCCCUUCCACCAUCUCCCCCCUUCGCGUUCAUCCGUAUCCAUCCCAUCAUCCCGUCCGGCUUUCCUUGCUGCAAACUUCGGUACCGACAACUUCCACGGCACAGCAACGACUCACCCACCCACACACUUUCACACACACACCCUCCCCCCUUCCAAAAAAAAAAAAAAAAAAAA